UCUUAUAGGUAUCUGCGAUCACGGGACGGAACUAGACUAGACUAUAGUAUCGACACCAUAUAUAAUUAUAUGUAGCUUUAAGCUUGAAAGAUUACAUCUUUUUGUUAAAGAAUAAGAAGUUUUGUUCAACACAUAAGUAUACCUAUAUUGCAUUGCCCUAUCAAAUACUCAAUCUGGUUGUGUCAAAUUUAUGUGCCUGCAUAUCUAUACCUGUAUAAUAUAUCUCUGCUCAAUCUGUUGACAAGGUGAUAGAGUAAAUAUCACUACUGCUGGUUACUGUUGUGUGUUGUGUCCUAUAUUGAAAAUUAAACGUAACAAAGUAACCAUAAAAAUGAAAUAAUUGCAGUCAGUAAAAAUUUCGAGUUAAUUCGUCAAGUCCGCCACAUUUUUUCAUAAACUAUUUAUCACAGUUUGCGCCGCCUUGACAAAAAAAAGAGCAAUUUAAAAAUUCAAUGUUGUAUUGACUCGAUGACGAAUAAGAUGACAAAUAAGGAAAUAGCAAUGAUAUUCCCAAGAAUGGUAUAAUUUUAAUUCAAGCAACAAGAAAAUGUAGUGAUGCAAAUGUGUAUUUCAAGUCUCGAUGGCUUUUCUUAUGCCCUCCAUUCAAGAUUAAAUUGCAAUCUGACCAACGAUGUCAGUUUACCCAUUAGAGAUUACUUCUUGACAUACACAUAUACAGCCUUAUGUGAUUCACAUGUAUUAAAGGGGAAUAGAAAAAUAUAUUUUUUCUAAAUUACCAAUAUGGAUGAGUACAUAGAGUGUGAUGGUUUUCAAUUCUAUAAUAAUUUUGAUUCUGCUAAUCUCGCAAAAGUUGAAAGAGCUGAUCAAAAUACAGAUAAAAAAAAGAAUGAUGGUAAGAGCGAAAAUAAUAAAAAUCCAAAAGUUUCAUCGUCAAACACACCUCCUCCAAAUCACGAAUUCAACAUAUGGACAAAAUAUGAUUGUCAAGGAACAGAAUUUCAAAACAGUACUAAAACUUGGUUUUACUUUGGCGUCAAAGCACCAAAAUCAGGCUCACUUGUUAAAUUUAAUUUAGUUAAUCUAAAUAAGCAAGUGAAAAUGUUUAGCCAAGGAAUGUCUCCUGUUUUCAAAGUUAUUCCAGGACACAACCACUGGGAGAGGAUAAAGGACAAGCCAACAUUUAUAGCAGAUGAUCAAAACAACCAGUUCAUUUUGUCAUUCAGUUAUUGUACCCCAGAAAAUAUAAAUGCAAUUACUUAUUUUGCAUUCACGUAUCCAUUUUCCUAUACCGAUUUACAAAAUCAUUUGAAAAAAAUUGACGUAAAAGUAGAAAAUCUCAAACAAUGUGCGAAUCCUACUGGCGACGAUAUUUAUUAUCACAGAGAAUGUGCCAUUAGGUCGUUGGAAGGCCGAAGACUCGAUAUACUGACAAUAAGCUCGUACCAUCACAUUUUACCGGAUAGAGAAGCUAGAAUAAAAAAUUUAUUUCCCGAAAAAAACGAAGAACGGCCUUUCAAAUUCAAAGACAAAAAAAUAAUUUUUGUAAGUGCUCGAGUUCACCCUGGGGAAACGCCCUCGAGUUUCGUUUUGAAUGGCCUGUUGAAUUUGUUAUUGAACCGCGAGGACCAGACCGCAAUUAUUCUUCGUCAACUUUACGUUUUCAAGUUGAUACCUAUGCUUAAUCCCGAUGGCGUGGCACAGGGUUACUACCGCAUGGACACAAGAGGUGUUAAUCUCAACCGACUUUAUCUCAACCCAUCCAUGGAAAAUCACCCAACGAUAUACGCAGCCAAAGCUCUGCUGAGAUACUAUCACAGAUUAUACAUGUUGGCAGAAAACUACAUUUCUGAUGCAACAGAGAAGGUUGAGGUCAAAAUUGAUGCCACAAACAGCACGUCGACGUGUAAUCGUGAUUUCAAAAAUAUGAUUGGUUCUCAUGUUAUUUCAGACGAAACGAAUAAAUUGCUGCAGAGGGUCAACCUCAUGAGUCUGGAGGAAAAAAGUAAGCGCAUCGAACAAGGGAAUCACUUGAGAAAUUGUUUGUUUGAAGCAUCGGAAAAUCCAGUGUGUAAGUGUAUCGAUGAAUUUGUAAGAAAAUCGUUUGGAGGUCGGCAUAAUAUGAGUAAACUCUCCAUUUUUGCACGAUUAACAGUUGAAACCGAAGAAGAGAUGAAACUUGGGAACAAUGGUGUUCAAGAAAAUUGUGAAAAACAAGAGAAUUCUGGGAUAUUUUUGUACAUCGAUCUCCACAGUCACGCAUCGAAAAAAGGUAUUUUCAUGUACGGCAAUCAUUUUGACGAUCCAGAAGACUCUUCAGCUUGUAUGCUACUGCCAAAAUUAAUGUCCAUCAACAAUCCGAACUUCCACUUUACGUCCUGCAAUUUUGCCGAGAAGAACAUGUACAUCAUCGAUAAACGAGAUGGUAUGUCCCGCGAGGGUUCCGGUCGCGUGGCCGUAUACAAGAGCUUUGGACUCAUUCAUAGUUAUACUCUCGAAUGUAACUACAACACCGGUCGCGUGGUUAACACCGUACCAGCCAGGGUCAAAGAGAGAUUUCGCAAACUUCACUCUCAGCUGUACGUGCCACCAAAGUAUAAUCCUUCGGUUUUUGAAGAGGUUGGAGCAGCGUUUGGACCGUCGAUCCUCGAUAUGACCGGUCACAAUCCCAAUAGCAGACUGCCAAACAGCCAAUACCGAUCGUUGAAGGGACUCAUCUCGUACUUGAAGCUUAUAUCGAGUAAUCGCUAUCAGUCGCCUAAAACUUGCUUGCAAAAGGUAAAUCUUUCCGAUACCGAAAACGAUGUUGAUAUCGAUAUUCAUGAUGGCGCUGAAAAUUCUGAAAUUAGACAAUGCAGUCUGUGCUGAUUUCUGAAUAAAAAUAAUACUGUGCCGAAGAAUGUUAUACCAUAACCGAUUCAUUUUAAAUGAUUUUUUAUAAUUUUGACUAUAAAACAAAUGUUAGUUUCUUAUGCUUCUUCCAUGGUUUUUCUUCUCUUAAAAACAAUUGUUUAUUUAUUGCUUUCAUUUUUAGGUAGUGUGAUAAACUUUUCCAAUAAAAUAUUCUAAUGAUGGUUCAAAUAACAAUGAAAGUUUCUAUGUUAUUUGUAAAAAAAAAAAGCCACAAUGACAAGGAAACUUGAUCAUCUUGAUUAGUUUUCUAGAUUGUGGCUAUGUUAUUUCCAUUUUGACGUAUAAUAAAUAAACGCUUCCAUAAAAUUAUGGAUGUAUGUAAUUUAUAUUAAUGACGCAAGUGAAAAAAUGAGAAAAAAAUUAGUUUUAGAUCGAAAGGCGGAUACGUGAAUUGUUAUAAAAGUGGUUUAGACUGAGAAGGUUGUUAAUUUUUAAAAAAUGAAUCUCAGUCUUUUAAUUCUAUUGAUAAAUGUAUCCAUAAGAAGAUUUU